AGGCUAUCCAUCCAUCCAUCCAGGAGCGGAACAUUUUAGCUACACUCUUAACUACCAUCGCAAUCAAUCAACGCCCCGCAUUAAUGGGAGGAUGAUCUACUGAAAAUAUUAAUCAUGGCACCUUGACCGCUCUCAACUGCUUACAACCAUCAUCGCAAUAAUGGUUCGCGUAAAACUAUUAUGUGGCGAUCGACCAUUUCAAAUGGAAAAUGCUUCAAUGGCAGAUGCGAUCAAAGCAGCGGCCAAACGAUUAAAUUGCAAAGAAGAAGAGGUAACGCUCAAGUUCAAAGAAGAUGAUAUCGUAUGGGAAAUCGAGGGUGAGGAUACCUAUAACAGCGCAAUUGCCGAUGGAUGGAUCAUUCAUGCUGAAAUAAAUAAAGGCAAGCAGCCUCGCAAACGCAGGAGAUCCUCUGGAGAAUCAGAUCAUUCGGCGGCUUCUGCGCCAAUCACAGCCCCAGCAAAGAGGAUAGCACAAACUAGCACACCUGCUCAAACAGUUAGGACACCGCCCGGAUCGCCUUCAAAUCGGGCCAUUGGUACGCAAUCUCGAUCUCCCGCUUCACGUCCAAUCAACAGUCGGCCAGAAGUACAGCCAGUACGAUCUAGGACGAUGCCACUUUCUACCCAAGAUCAAAUGCGAAGUAGUGGUCGCGCUUGGUCAGACAAAGACAAGGCAUUCUUAUGGAAAAAGUUGACCGAACAAUUAAGAGACAGUCCAUCAUCUGGUCCUACAUACACCUUGGAAGAAAGGAGGGAUGUGUUCAAUAUACUUCUACAGAAUAACGCCAAACGAUUCGAAGGGCGAACCGCACUUGUUCUGGAAGGUAGGAUUCAAAAACGUGUAUUCGAGAUGCGUAAGGCAAAGCAACGGAUUCCAGCUGAUAUCGAAGCGCUAUUCCCGCGUUCCCGUUUGACAAAAGCCAGGAGUACGUCUCAGCCAUCUACAAAUCGACCGAGGUCCGAAGGACAAAUACCUAAACUCGCUUCUGCCAUGCAGAGGAGAGCAUCAAAUGAUAUUGCUUGGAUGCAAGCCCGAGUAAACAGUGAAAGGUUAUCUGCUCCAUCAACUUCGACAACAAGCGCUCAACAUGCCCGCAGACGAUACGAGAAUGAUGCGAUUCGGGUGGAAGCUUUGGACAUCCCUGGCCCUUCCAGAAGGCGAGGAGGCUUGGACAGUCUCAGUUUGACUGAUGAGCCUGAUAACGAUUCAGACGUGCAAGAGUUUGAAGACGAUGGUGAGACCGGCAUGUCGGAUGGGCAAAGCAUAAUUGAAGCUGACGUUUACCACGGCUCUGACCCCUCUGCAAGUCGACAGAAUAGCAGAGACUCCUUUGGGGAGGUAGCAGCCGCCGAUUCUCAAAGAGACGCUGAGCCUAUCCUUGACACAACGAGGGUCCAGAGCCCGUCUACCCACGGCACGAUUUCAAACGAUUCACUCUUUGCUUCGGGCUCGCUUUCGUCUUCGUCGUAUGAGCCAACGAACGGAUCUUCCGUCAAGGCAGAGUACGAGAUUAGUCCUUUGACUCCUCCCGAGACACCGCGAGAUAUCGAAAUGCGAGCAGAGGCAGGGAAGAGCAGGUCUACUUCACUUGCUCCUUCGGUGAAAUUGGAAGAUAUCAAUGUCUCUCAAGUCUCCGAUAUGCCACCUUCAGUGAUUGCUUCGGUUCGAGCUGAUGAUGUACGAAAGGAAGUCACUUCAGCUUUGGAUACGAUCUUGCCUAACAUUUCGCCGAACAGUCAAAUUAAGGUAUGGGCAGAAAAGCUGCACCGGAAGCUCUCGGCUUUGUGCUUUGUGGGUGAUCCAACAGACAAUACCCGAUUCAAUGCUUCAGAGGCCGCCUAUUGCCUUUCUGCAGCUUUGGAUGAGCUCUUUCGAUACAGCUAUGUGCGAAGCCAAUCGGUACACGAACGUAGAUUGUUCAUCGUUGCAAUUGCGAUGUUGUUCGAAGCUUUGCAUGCUAAAUUGUACUUCUUGACCGGCUUCGAGGUUCUACUUUGCAAAUUCUUCCAUCAAAUCCUCUUUGAAGGGCCGCCAAACAGUAUGCGCUUCUCUGCCCAACUGAUUGCUUCUUGCAGUCUUUUGAUUCAUCCAUUCGUUUAUGAUUCCAUACUGGACGGCAUUUUUGUUCAACCUUGGUCUAAGAAAAAUUGUUCAGCUCAACAAACAACCAAGCUUUCACCUUCUGAAACGGAGCAGGUCUUCAUUAGGAUGGCAGAAUUGAUCGAAGGAUUGAAUGUUGCUACUAUUGCCGUUCAACAACGUGCAGCUUCAAGAGCUCUUGCAGAAAGACGAACAAAGCCAAUCCGAUUCAGUUUUCGAUCUUGGAAGCGUGUAUUUGAAGAAACUCGAUGUGAUUCAAAUGCAACUUGGCGUAUACCCCCACUCUUACAAGAUGUACGACAAGGAAUGGAAAAGUGGAAUCGAUUGCCGAUCGCUCUCACGACGAGAAUUGUCACACAACCCGAAAGUCAUUCAUCAGCUUCCACAUCAAGAGAUAGUUCGGAUGUGAGACGGGCCGCCCCAGUCCAUUCAUCUGGCACUGACCAGCCGCCAUCGCUACACACCUCACCUGCUCGCAAUACACGCAGCAAUCAACAAUCACAACUAUUUUUGGGACUUCCGGACUUCUCUCAAUCUUUCUCCCAUGAGCAAUCACAAGGUUGAGAAAAGUGAUUGCCGUCAUUGUUCUCUUUUUCUUUGCUUUAUUUGUACAACACACUAAUUGUAUGAUAUGCUCAAUUUCCAUUUGUAUUCGUAAUAAUUAUAGAAGCACAAUUCUUUUCAGUA